AUGAAACAAUUCGCGGCCUAUUUGUAUGAUUUGGCCGGAAAGGAGAGCAUCUUAUUAGGGGAUCCUUAUCGGUCCGAUCAAAGGUUCCAUCAAUUUUAUUUGAUAAUGAAUGCAUACCAGUCCCUUAAGACAGAAGUGCCUAAAGCUCCUCAACCUCUGGAGUCGUGGUUUCCUGACCUCCAAGUGAUUACAUUGCGAUCAGAAGAGGGUUCAGCUAAAGGAUUAUUCUUAGGGGCAAAGGCGGGCACUAAUGAUGAGAGCCACAACCACAACGACGUCGGGAACUUUGUACUCUAUGUCAACGGAUUACCCGCUCUAAUAGACGUAGGAGUGGGUAAUUAUGAUAAGGACACCUUUGGUCCCCAUCGCUAUGACAUAUGGACGAUGCAAUCCCAAUGGCAUAACACCCCAACCAUUAAUGGCGUACAACAAAAGGCCGGCGCCCAAUAUGUGGCCAAAAAUGUGACCUAUAAUAAGACAAGUGCCGAGUUUGAGGCCGAUAUAGCCGGCGCUUACCCUAAAGAAGCACAGGUUAAGAGUUGGGUCAGAAAAUUAACUUUUAAUAGGGAAGCAAAUAGUGUUACAUUGAAUGAGAAUUAUAGGCUGGAUAAGUUUGUGGAGCCCUUCAAAGUACAUUUCAUGACUAUAUUAAACAAAUCAAGUGAUGACCAGAAGAAUGGAGAUCUGGUUCUCGAGGAUAAGAGCGUGAAGUUAACGAUG